AACUAUUAAUAACAUACCUUUCUAUUUGGCCCCUACUUUUCCCUUAAGCGAUUCGAGUUAAAGAGCCCUCGAACUAGGAUGCAGGACAAGCCAGGCCGAUCGACAAGACCCAUUAAAAGGCCGGAAACAUUCCUGUCAAAGUCUUUCAAAGAGGUAAGCAUACAAUCUUGCACCGUCUAACCGCACACUUGACGCUUUUGAAUGUCAAUAUUGUACAAGCCGAGGCGGUGUACGCACAUAAAUAAAAUGUUUGCUUGAUUGAUCGGAAAGUGGUGCUACAAAGACACCAAACGAAGCAUUGGACUACGUAGUCACUCUUUUACAUUCAAUGAGACGAGAUGGCCGCUGGUGAACUUAAUCUAUUUGUUGCUGGGAUACAACAAAAGAUUGUUGUGGAAAAAAGUCGCACAAGAGAGCCAGAUUGUUACAAACUGAAACUGUCACAAGGUUCACGAACAAAAGAAGCUUACAACCGGAAACCGAAUAUUGUCGUCUUAUUGAAAACUGCAAAGAAGCGACCGACUGAACUUUUGUGCGAAACAGAAUCGAACUGCUCUAGUUCUUCCGUUCAGGAAGAAACUAAGCCAGUCAUUUGGGUUGACAUUGUAAAAAAAUUUCCUUCUCCGGAAGUAGAGACUCUUCCAGUAACUAAACCAACAUCCUCUCGAAAGUUACCAAGUGUUUGGAUGCCAAGAAAUUCCCGUUCAGGAAUAUUGCCGGAAGGAUUUCAAAUUUAUAUUCAAAAGAAUUUGAAUCUCAUAGCGGAUGUCCAGACAGCUAAGAGAAGAAGGUCGGACAAUCGGGACAUUUUCCGCACCGAACAAGAAGAUGAUGUGAACUGGACGUCUAACGCUCCUCGACCAUCCGAGUGGCUACUGAAACCUCCUCUUCAACGGAAGAAAAAACGAAAUAGAAAAAGCAUAAAGUUUGAGAAAUGGCUACAACUUCCUUCUUGCGGUUUACAAGGUAUCCAUUUGGAAGGAAGAGAGCCUCGAAAGACCAACCCGCUUCAACCCGGCCCUCGCAAUCAGAAACCAGCUAAGCAACGUCAGAUUCGAAAUUGUUCACCUGAUUACGAAAUGGGUUGGGUGUACGAUGGGGAAAAAGUGACUUUUCAGUUGAUCAAUCAGGGGAAACAAAAGAACAAAUCCGAGAAAAAACGUAGGCGACGACGAAUCAAAACAAAAAAGGGUAAAAAGGUGCCGAAGCAGUCUUCAUCCAAAGGAGCAAGAAGCUUACGCAACCCGGAUACAUCGGUUUUGGACGAAAAUGUGUUCACCGGCUACGAUGCUAAUAAUUUAUCCGAUCCUAUGAGGGAAAUGGAUCUCAGCGAUGGUUUUCCCCUUGCGAAAACUGAGGAUGAGCCGGUUUUUCUGGAUCCAAAACUGAACGGAGCUUUCAUAAACGAAGUCGGUGCUCAACCACCAAUUGAGGUUUGUGAAGAAGCGGUAAAAAACAAACAACACUCUGUAGAAGAUCUCGAGGAAAGUCUACGUAAUCUCCAAGUCGAAGACGACCACAACGGGAAUAAUGACGUCUUGUAUCAAGUUGAAGGCACAGUCGCAGUGGAAGACAUGUCCUGGCUGUAUUUUCCGCGAGCUGGCAACAAUUUCGGAGCACGGUUUGAAUUGCCCAUAGAUUUGAGAAAACUAAAAAGUACGUACACAAUUAAUAAGAAACGAUUUCUGUCAGUCGAGUUUGUUUUAAAAAAUGAUUUUACCUGCGCAGCGAUGACUCCUCUUGAAUACUUGUCGCAAUAUGUUGUUGCGACGCGUUGCCGGCAAAGACUAAAUGACGUAGUUUUUGAACGACACGCCACAGAGUCAAAGCUCUCUACUGAGAAACUUUUCCUUUCUCUAACCGAAAUCCUCGGGUUCCACUUGGAUUCGCAGGCAGAAGAAAAACUGUCCGAGUUGAUAGACUUGGUUUCCGUUUCUGAACUUACCCGAGAGCAAUUCGCUGGUAUUGGAGCACUAGCCGAACGCAUCGGACGCAGUGGCAUCAGUCGACGUGAUGAUCUAGAGUUGGCAGACUUUGAUCUUUUACAUAAAAAGAUGUCUUAUUUGGAAAUGAGCCAAUUUCUCCGUAGAUUAUUUUUGUUCAUUAGUGAAAUAGAAGAUCUCGUCUAAAAAAUUGAUUUAUGACACAAAUUGAAUAAAAUAAAAAGGACCUUGUUUAUCAUUAGUUUGCAAUUUUAUUGAUAUUUACCGUUUUUCGAUAUCGAGGAAUGAACCUCUUAAAUUCUUGACCCCGAAACUCUAAUCAGAAUGAACUAUAAUAAUUAAGAUGCUGAAAAGAAAAUGUGAACAUGACCAUGUUUUCCACAGAUGCUUAGAUUAUAAUAUUUACACAAGACUCAGGGCACUGAACUAGCUCGCGCAAAUUUUACACACACAAACAUCGCUCACAUUCAAGGGAAAGAAAAUAAACAUAAAUUUUGAUGCGCUCUUCUUGUUCAAAUCUAGGAAGUGGAGAGGAACAGAAAAAAAAUAAGAGCAUAACGUAUCUUCUGAAUCAAUGUUUUUUCAGCAACUGGGACAAGUUUAGAAAAACACCUUUGGACACCGUUAGUUGUUUUCAUAUCAUAUUAACCGAGAAUUUCUUUUUUUCUGAUAUGGGCUUCAGACGAUCUAGAAAUUGCAAUCGAUACUGAAAUGGGAAAAUAAACAGAGACGAGAAUCCUGAUAAUUGCGAAGAAAAAGAUGCAAAAAAAAAUACAAUGUAACACAAAAAUACCAUCUUCUUAAUAACCGAGAGGGAGAGAUUGGCCGUGUGUUA